GAGCUGUAGGCCUGAAAUACCUUUGGCAGGAUUUCACAGCAUUAAAGAGAUCAUAUCCUACAUUUAUCUUGCAUUUUAUUUUCCCUCAAGUCCACUUUUAACAUUUGUCUCUGCUCAGACUGAUCAUCAUCUCCUGGAGCUGAAGCUGCAGCCAUGAUUGUCCGUCCUCGUUCUCUCCUCCUGGGUCUGCUGGUCAUCCUCUACCUUCAGUCUGGUGCAGUGGGACAGAAUGUAAAUGCACCAAAGAAAUGCUGUUUCAGUUUCCAUACCAGACCAAUCCCAGCAGCUGACAUUAGUGAUUAUGAAGAAACAGACCCACACUGUCCAAUAGCUGGAGUGAUUUUUACCACCAAGAAGGGUCCUGUGUGUGCGGACCCCGGCUUUAGGUGGGUGAAGCGAGCCAAGGACAUAAUCGAUCGUCGAACUGUGGAAGAUGGAAAUGCACCAAAGAAAUGCUGUUUCAGUUUCUAUACCAGACCAAUCCCUGUAGCUGACAUUAGUCAGUACGAAGAAACAGACCCACACUGUCCAAGAGAUGGAGUGAUUUUUACCUACAAGAGGGGUGUUCGUGUGUGUCUGGAACCCGACUUUAGAUCCAAAAUCACCAAAGGAAUGCUGAUUCUGGUUGAUGUAUGAAGAAACAAACCCUGACUGUCCAAGAGCUGGAGUGAUUUUCACCACCAAGAGGGGUGUUUGUGUAUGUGUGGACCCCAGCUUUAGGUGGGUGAAGCGAGUCAUGGACAUAAUCGAUUGUCAAUUUGUGGAAGGUUCAUCCUGAACUCAGUCGAGUGAUUAAAUCUUCUCUCUAUUAAUGGGAAACUAACUCCUUUUAAUAUUCCAGCUCUUUAUUACUACAGCAGUGUACUCGUCUCUGAUUGGGUGAAGGAAUAAAGCUUUUCUGUUUUUUAUUAAGUUAUCUUUGAACAUUAAGUACAGACUGGAGGAAUGUGGUGUAGAUCAGAAUAUAAUACAUGAAUCAAAUGUAUUCAGUGUUUUACAUCAGCACGAUUUCCUUUCACACUUUAAAUGUACAGAAAACAUUUACAGAUAUUUGUAUUGGAGUCUGUAAUCUGUGGCUGCACAAAUGUAAUAAUGUUUAUAUAAUGAUUAAAAUAUUAUAAACUCUA